UGAACUUGUGGUAUCCGCAGUCCGGAUUGUCGUAAUUUUAUUUAUGAUCAUGGUAUUUAAAGAAAAAUAUUUCUCUUUUUAAAUACAGAUUUAAAUAAUACCGUAGUGGUACAAGUAUGCACAUUUUAGCAGUAUGAUUAAGGAUUCAUCAGUAGUUGUAACCGAUAAGUUUACAAAUGCUUAUGUAAAAUGUAUCAAAGAUGUGGUCCAAAAACUGGAUAAAAUUACAUCUGAAGUAAAUAGCAAUAUAAACUCUAUAUUACAAUCUGUCAAGAAUAAUAUAAAGAUUGUUAGUGAUGCUCAAAAAACUACUGAACAGAUUUUAUGCCUCCUUGAGAGCACGCAAGAAAGUUUUAAUUUAGUUAAAUUUAGUUUUGUGAGUUCGUAUCAUAUGUGGUUGAAGAAUAUUUCAUCUGAAAAUCAAACUAAGACCAAUAAUAUAGAACCAAAUUCAAAUUGUCAUAAUUUAGGUACAAAUCAAAAUGAGAAUAUUAUAGAUCUUGCGGAUCCAAAUAUAGUAGAAGUACAAAUUAUUGAAGAUACAGACCCACCUGAUGUGCAAAUUGUAAAUGAAAUCAGAUAUAUUAGACGUUGUAAAGCUCAUCAUACUCUAGAUAAUAAACAAAAAGAUAAACAACAAGACAUCAUUCAUUCAUCUUAUUCUCAGCUUAGUACAAACAACAGAAAAAAUAGUAUCCUUGAUACACAGAAUGAUUCAGUACCAGUAGAUCAAAAUGAUUCUUUAAUGGAAGUCAGUUUUGAUUCUGUAACCAAUAACAUAGAGCAAUUUGAUACAAAUAAAACGUAUUGUCAUUUUAUAAAAUUAGAUUCAAAUAAAAAUGAGAAAAAUCAAGAUAACCUGAAUAUUGAAUACAAUAAAGAAAAUAACUUAAACAAUUCUGAAUUAUCCAGUGACAAUCCAGGUCAAGUAAUUUUAAUAGAAAAACCACAAAACCAAUCUGCCAAAUCUAUUGAUAAUCAAGAUUAUGUUGUUUUAAAGAAAGAACAAAUUCAAGAAAUCACUGAUAUCCCUUUAACAAAUUUGAGAAUAAAAUUUUCUGAUUAUUCAGAUGAAAAAUUACACUUAAGAUGCUUUGUUAAUUUAGAACAAAAUUUAAAAACAUUCACAAGUUAUGAAAAAAGGAUGGAAUGUACAUUGAAGGAUGAUGCAUUUCUGAGAUUAAUAGAUUUGAGUAGUUUAGAAAAGAAAAUAAAUAAAAGACGUUACUCAUCUUCCAAUGAUUUGUCUAACCCAACUAUCAGUAGUAGUCUUCAUUCAUUGACAAAAACAAAAUGUAAAAAGCAAAAAGUUUGUUCAGAUGACAGUGAUGUAAUGAGCUUUUCUGAAUUAUCCAGCAGUGAUACUGAUGGUGAUUUGAAUUAUGAAAACAGUGAUACUGAUGAUGAUUUGAAUUAUGAAAACAGUGAUACUGAUGAUGAUUUGAAUUAUAAAAACAGUGAUACUGAUGAUGAUUUGAACAAUGAAAACGAGAAAUGCUAUAAACCAACAUUUGAAAAAUUAGAUAUAAAUGAAGAAGAUGCAAGAUUAGUGUUGCUAAAUGAUAGUGAUACAUCAGAUUACUCUGAUGUAACAAUAGACAAUGGUGAGGAUGAAAGUGACAAUUCAAGAAAGAAAAGGAAACUAACGAAGACGAAAUCAUUGCACUUUAAGAACUCUGACAAAAAAAAUUUUAGUAGAUCAGCGUGGUUAAACGAUGAACUAUUAAAAUUCAAAUUACCUGAUGACAAAAAUCACGAAAAAACAAGUUUCAAAGAUGUCAGUGAUUUUAGAUCUACCAGUGAUAAUGAUAUGGAGAAUAGAAAAACUGAAAGUGUUGAAAGCCUUUCAUCAACUGAUUCUGAAGAGACCGAAAGUCAUUCUGAAGAUAAAAGUAAUGAAGAUAUAAAUAUUAUUAGUAUUGUAUCAGCUAAUAGUAAGACACCCGGUCGUCGUAAUAUUCGGAAAGUGCUGGAUGAUCAACACAUUACUGAGAUUACAAGACAGGCAGUUAAGAAUGAGGAAAAUCGCAUUCAAAGAUUGGCAGAACGCAAAACUCAGCUACAUUCAUUAGUGAAAUCUAAAGAAAGUUCAAAUGCUGACAGCUUGACCUUAGAUUUCGAUUUUGAAAUGAAAAAAAAACUUGUAGAAGUCGACAGAGGCUUAGUUAAACUUUUGAAAGCUCAUCAAAAAGAAGGAGUGAGAUUUAUGUGGGAUUGUUGCUUUGAAUCUGUAGAAGAAAUAAAAACACAAAAAGGUUCAGGAUGUAUCCUUGCACACUGCAUGGGGCUUGGAAAAACUUUACAAGUAAUAGCACUGGCACAUACUGUGCUAAGCAAUGAAGCGAUUGGAAUCGAAACGAUCAUGAUUGUGUGUCCAAUGAAUACAAUUCUCAACUGGGUGGAUGAAUUCGACAUAUGGUUAGAGCAAGUCGAAAAUAAAUCAAACAUAAAAAUUUUCGAAUUGACGCAAGUCAAAGAAAUAUCAAGUCGAAUAAGUAAACUUGAUGAAUGGCAGAAAAACGGUGGCGUGUUGAUAAUCAGUUACGAAAUGCUUGUCUCUUUUACGUCACCAGAUAAUAAAUUAAGUCCCAAGCAGAAGAAGAAAAUACAUAACUUAUUAAUAAAACCUGGAGCUGAUGUAGUUGUCUGCGAUGAGGGUCAUUUAUUGAAAAAUGAAAAAUCUAAGCGUGCUAACAGAAUGCAAUCAGUUGAAACACAAAGGAGAAUUAUAUUGACUGGAACGCCACUUCAAAACAAUCUAAUCGAAUAUCACUGUAUGGUGGAGUUUGUCAAACCACAUCUUUUGGGCUCGAAAACUGAAUUUGUAAAUAGAUUUGUAAAUCCGAUAGCCAAUGGGCAAUUUGGCAAUUCAACGACAAAAGAUGUGAAAUUAAUGAAACACAGGGCGCAUGUGUUGCACAGGCUGUUAGAAGGCUGCGUCCAGCGUUGCGAAUAUACAGUUUUGACGCCACUGUUGCCGCCAAAACAGGAGUACGUCAUUUCAAUUCGUUUGAGCAAGUUGCAAACGAAUAUGUAUCAACAUUUCAUCAGCAAUGUUGCCCAAUUGUCAACAAAGUCAACCUCCGUAUUCAAAAAUUAUCAAGAAAUCAAACGUUUAAUUACUCAUCCAAAAACAAUGCAAUUAAAGAUGCAGCGUCAGAAACAGCCUAAUGUGAACAACCCUCGCGUGCCUAAUAAAUCAAGUGAUAAAAAUGGAACAGACGAUUGGUGGCGUGACUUUAUCAGCGAAGAAGAUUUGGAAGAUAUGAGCAUCUCGUUCAAAUUAGUUCUUCUGUUUGGCUUAUUGGAUAGCUGUGCAAAGAAACAAGACAAAAUACUUGUGUUUUCGCAAUGUCUAUUAACUCUCGAUCUUAUAGAGCUAUUUCUGAAAAAACUCGACGGAAGGUGGAAACGAGAUUUUGAUUAUUUUAGAUUAGACGGGAAAGUUGAUACAAAUGAGAGAAGUAAAAUAUGUAAAGAAUUCAAUGACCCAAAUAAUGAGAGAGCAAGGCUCUUUUUAAUAUCUACUAGAGCCGGUGGUUUAGGUAUCAAUUUGACUGGGGCUAAUCGAGUCGUCAUAUUUGAUCCAAGUUGGAAUCCCUCGGACGAUCUACAAAGUAUAUUUCGAGUAUUUAGAUUCGGACAAAAAAAGCCGUGCUACAUUUAUCGAUUUCUCACCGCUGGCACAAUGGAAGAGAAAAUUUACAUACGGCAAGUAACGAAGCUUUCUCUUUCGUUGCGCGUCCUUGAUGAACAGCAAAUCGAACGCCACUACAGAGACUCCGACUUGGCAGAUUUAUACAAGCUGGAGUCGCUCCCGGAGGCGCCAAUUCUGAAUCGACCCAAGGAUGAUCUUCUAGCAGAGGUAUUUUCCAAGUACGGCGAUUAUGUAUACAAAUUCUUUGAGCACGACUCUCUCUUGAAGAAUCAGGAGGAAGAGGAGCUUAACGAGGAAGAGAGGAAACAAGCCUGGCUUGAUUAUCAUCAAGAAAAUCUCGUUCAACUAAGCAAUGACGCAACAUACAGACCAAAAGUCAAUCAACGCAAAACCUUCUCAGAGUCAAGCGUAGGCUCGAGCAUGGUGUACGAUACCGCAACGGCUCCGAGUGAUGAAAUUACCUUGGAAAUUAUCGAUUCUUGAGAUUAGCCGCUGUGAUAAUUGACUGUGAUCGCGAGUGCAAUUUUUUUAAUUUUGAUGUAUCAUUGUUUAUUUGAUAUGUGUAUUUCUUUGUCCCUAUAAUAUAAUCAUUA